AUUGAGAGAUGAAAGUAGUAUACUUCCGUGGCAGUCGAAUCGAAGCCGCCAUGGAACUCAUCAUCUGCUGCAAAGGUGCAACAAUGCGAUUUCUUCCGCUCCAUAUUCUGUUCUUUUCUUGUUUUUGCCUGCUGAAAUUUUCCACAGCCAGGAGAGACACCAUUACACACGCACAGCCCAUCGCUGAUCCUGAAAGUAUUAUCUCCAGCAACGGAGCUUUUGAAUUGGGAUUCUUCAGCCCGGCUAACACCACAAAUCGGUUCGUCGGAACCUGGUAUAGCAACAUCUCGGUGAAGACCGUGGUGUGGGUAGCUAAUAGAAAUAGGCCUCUGAUUGAUUCUUCCGGGACCAUCUCAAUAUCUGAAGACGGCAAUCUGGUGGUUUUGAAUGGACAGAAAGAGAUCAUGUGGUCAUCAAAUCCUUCAAUCUCGGCGGCAACGAGUGCCCAAUUGCUAGAUUCUGGGAACCUUGUCCUGCAGGAUGGCUCGAGUGGAAAGACAAUUUGGGAGAGUUUUCGGUAUCCUUCGGACUCAUUCAUAGAGAAGAUGAAAAUCAGUAGUGAUGCGAAUACAGGGGAGAAAAUCCUUCUGAGAUCAUGGAAAAGCCCUUCUGAUCCAUCAAUUGGCAGCUUCUCUUAUGGGAUUAAUCCUUUACCUCUACCUGAGGUCUUUGUAUGGAAAGACGGUUCCACUUAUUGGCGCACUGGACCUUGGAAUGGUCAGAUCUUCAUCGGAGUUCCAGAGAUGGCUUCUUUGUAUAUUAGUCGUUUAAAUCUUGUGAAUGAUAAAGAAGGAACUGUCUAUACGACUUUAACUUCUGCAGAUGAGUCUUCGUUAUUAUACCUCAUGCUGAAUUACAAUGGAACUUUGAUGGAGAAGCAUUGGAGUGAAGAGGAGCAAGAGUGGGAGGUUACCUGGCUGGCUCCAGCAACUGAUUGUGAAGUUUACGGCAAGUGUGGGCCAUUUGGAAUAUGAACACAAGGCUGUGGAACUAAUAGAUUCUGGGAUAGUUUCCCAGGGCUCACAAAUGGAGAUGUUGAGAUGCAUCCAUGUUGGCUUGCUGUGUGUACAGGAAUUUGCAAGAGAUAGGCCAACCAUGUCAAUGGUUCUGUCUAUGCUGAGCAGUGAAAUUGCUCAUCUGCCCCUGCCCAAGCAGCCGGCAUUCACUCAGCCACCGGUCUCUCCCCAAACACAAUCUGCACACCAAAAUUCAGAGGGACGUUCCACGAAUGAGUGCUCUAUUACAAUUAUAGAAGCUCGUUGACAUUACUAAUAGUUUAAAAAAGGCCAAUUUUUAGGGUUUAAUGGGGCGCGUGCUUUUGAUGUUCUUAUAAAGUCCUUUUUUGUUCUUUGUUUUAUUUGUCAUGUGACUAAAAAAUAAUUAUUAAAUAAAUAAUUAAGCUUCAGUAUUCUUCAUAA